CCAGUACUUGCCAACUAAUAUGUGGCAUUUGCUUGCGCUGAUGCACUGAUGCGCUGAUGCUGGAGGAGCGCGGCUACGAGCGGCUGCAGGUGCUGGGGGAGGGUUCCUUCGGCACCGCGCUGCUGGUGCGGGGCCGCCGAGGCGCUGCCAAGUAUGUCGCCAAGGAGAUUCGGAUCUCCCACUUGGGCGACAAGGAGAAGCAGCUGGCUCUAUCGGAGGCGGAGACCCUGCGCCGGGUGUCGCAUGCCAAUAUCAUCCGCUACGUGGAGUCCUUCAUGGACACCAGGCUGCUGUAUAUCGUCAUGGAAUACGCCGAUUUCGGCGACCUCGCCACGCAGAUCAAGCUGCGCCGCGAGACUCAAGGAUCCUUUAGUGAGAAGGAGAUAAUGCACAUCCACCUUCAGCUGGCAUUGGCCUUGACGCAUAUCCACCGCCUCAAGAUCUUGCAUCGCGACCUGAAGCCCCUGAACAUCUUCCUCACGCGUCGGUGGAUCGUGAAGCUCGGGGAUUUUGGCAUCUCCAAGGUUCUCGAGAGCACCACUGCCGGGGCGCAGACGACCAUCGGCACACCUUUGUACCUGGCGCCGGAGAUUUGCAGCGGCGAGGCAUACGGAACGAAGAGCGACCUUUGGUCCCUGGGGGUGGUGACCUACGAGAUGGCGGCGCUGCAGGUGCCCUUUCAGGCCGCCUCCAUGGUGGCGCUCAUCAUGAAGGUGUGCUCAGCAGAGCCGGCGCCGCUCAGCCCAAGCUUCUCAAGGAGCUUCCUGGACAUCGUCUUCGGGCUCUUGUCGAAGGAUCCACGGCUGCGGCUCCGCUUGGAGCAGAUUUUGGGCAUGAGCUUCACUAGGCACCACAUGCAAAGCCUCCUCGACCACAGCAGGGAGUUAGAGGGAGAAUCUUCUCCUGAGGCGCCUGACAUCAUCCGCACGCAGAAGGCGACGCACCCGCUGGCGCCAAGCCCCUGUAGCCCGGCCCAGGACACUGCCGAGGCGGUCCGUGCCGAGUUCUUCCGGAAUCGCGAGGUGGCGCGCCUUGCCAAGGAGCGCUGCCGCGGAGACGCGCUCCUAAGGGCGCCCACGGCGCCGCCGGAGAUCGAGCGACGGGUGGAGAGGCCGGAGCCACGGCCGCGGGCCGGCAGCAGCACGCCUGACCACCGAGAGGCGGUGAGACGCCGAGCGGAAGAGGAGAAGGAGGCGAAGCAGGCUGCCAGGAUGCAAGAGCUGGAGGAGGCUCGCAGACAGGCCUACCAGGACCGGCUGGAAGCGAAGCAGCGGAUGGAGCAGGGCCGGCGAUCUCAGCUAGGGGCAGGGAGAGGCCUGAGGUCCUCAGCGGAUAUGCCGCCGCCCGACUCGCCGGAGACGCCGCUGCCCGACUCGCCGGAGUCGCAGAAGCUGGACUCGCCGGAGGUUCCGCGGCCCAGGAGGAACGACUGCUUGGAGCUACGCCAUGUGCUGGAGGCUGCCCUUGAGGCACUACCAGAAGAGCAGACCAUCCUCAUGGAUGCGGCAGUCCUCAUGGACGCGACUAUCCUGGCAGAUGAGAAGGAGCUGGAGAGGACGCUUCUGCCGGAGCCCCUCGAGCCUGGCAGCGGUACCCCUGUGACCCCCGUGGUCCCUGCGAGUGCGAGCACGUCCAGUGCGACGUCUGCAGGAAGUUUGGCUGCGAGCCCAAAGACGUCCGCCCGCAGCCAAGCGGACGAGCGGCCGAUUCGGCCGGCCACCGCAGCGCAGCUGUCGGCCCUGCUGGAGGGCACUCAGGACUCCCUGACCUACUCAGAGCCCUACUCGCAGCAGUCCAGCCUCCCGAGCACGCUGCGGAACUGCUUGGAUGCGGCUGAGGCCAAGGAGGUGCGCGAGACACAGAGCCGCUCCGAGGCCUUACCACAGGCGGCGAGCGUGAUCACGCUGCACAUGGAUGCGGCGAGCGCCCCGGAGAAGAGCGCAGGCCCAGGCGAUACCGAAGACAAGGCAUCGACCGGCCGCUGCUGCGAUAUCAUGUGAGGCCAUGCCCGACGAACGUCGGGCGUUUGCACAGUUUCACCCGUUUUAGGCUAGGCCGCGCGCAGAGAGGGGCUGAAAGAGUUUGCAGCAGAUGGCCUUUCCU